AUGUCUCCAAAUCCUAUUGCCCGUUCCACUCCGAAGGCGCCUCCAACCACAGUGCUCGCUCAAGCUGGCCCCUUCACCAACGACCUCUUCUUCUCUACACACCACUCUACCCCCCGAAACCACACCGCAAACAUGGCCGUCGCUCCUAUCACUGGCAUGCUCAAGAAGCGCCUCCUUUUCGACAUCGGUGCCGGUCUCGGUCUCGGAUUCGCCGGCGGCUACGCCUUCUGGUACGGUGUCCACGUCCCCAUGAUGGCCCGGGUCAGGCCCACUUGCCCAAGCCACGGUCAGCCAUGUCCCUCGUCAUCGACCCGAGGAUCGCGUGAACGUUUCGGCAACCGACAGCUUUGCCUCUCCGUUCAGAAAGCUAACCCCUUCACAGUGAAGAAGCGUGACAACUACUACGCCAAGCUCGACGCCAAGAAGUACGGCAAGGACGCUGUCCCCACCGACAUCCUCCAGGAGUCCGUCAAGAACUAA